CCACUUGAAGAACAUAGAAAAUAUACCACAGAGAGGUUUGAACAAAUGGGUGGUGUGCUUACCAUUCCUUUGCUCUUUGGGUUAUUGCUGCUGCUUCCAGAUCUCUAUGCUUCAUUUCCCUUAUGCAGGGAUGAGAGUGCACCUGUAACUCUAAAUACAUCUUUGUCCUUUUGUCCUUACAUUGGAAGUGUCUGCUGUAAUUCUGCCAGUGAUCGAAGAUUGCAGAAGCGUUUCCAAUCUAUGAACAUUUCUGAUCCCGCCUGUGCUUCUCUCGUGAAAUCAAUCCUCUGUGCGACUUGUGACAAAUUCUCAGCGGAUCUAUUUAAAAUUGAGUCAGGAUAUCAGAGUGUUCCUGUUCUUUGCAAAUCCACUGCUUCAUCAAACACAUCCCAUUCUAACAGUACAACAGAGGAUUUUUGUUCAGAGGUCUGGGAUGCGUGCAGAAAUGUCUCUAUAAUCAAUUCCCCAUUUUUAUCCUUGUCACAUAAUCGCAGUGCAGUUCCAGUGAAUUCCACUUCCAAAUUGAUUGAUAACUGGCAGUCAAAAAGUGAAUUCUGCUACACGUUUGGUGGGGAUUCCACUAAUGAAUCAAUAUGUUUCGAUGGUGAACCAGUUUCAUUAACUAGCACAGGAACGCCGAGCCCCCCAAGUGGUCUGUGUCUCGAGCAAAUUGGGAAUGGAUCUUACCUUGAUAUGGCUGCUCAUCCGGAUGGAUCCAACCGUGUUUUCUUGGCUGACCAACGGGGUAGGAUAUGGUUGGCAACUGUUCCCGAGGAAGGAUCUGGGGAAACAUUAGGGGUUGAUGAAUUAAAUCUCUUCCUGGACUUAACAGAUGAGGUAUAUUUUGACACAGAGUUUGGACUGUUGGGUAUAGCAUUUCAUCCAAACUUUACAGGGAAUGGUCGCUUCUUUGUUUCAUUCAAUUGUGACAAGGUAAAAUGGCCCAGAUGUGCUGGUAGAUGUGCAUGCAAUUCAGAUCUGAACUGCGAUCCUUCUAAGCUUGGUACUGAUAAUGGGGUCCAGCCAUGCCAAUAUAGUAGUGUUAUCUCAGAAUUCACUGUUAAUGGUACCACUUCGCAGCCUUCCUUGGCAGCAAAGGCCAAUCCAUCAGAGGUUAGAAGGAUAUUUACCAUGGGCCUUCCAUUUACAUCUCAUCAUGGGGGCCAGAUUCUCUUUGGACCUGCGGAUGGAUAUUUAUACUUUAUGAUGGGGGAUGGAGGGGGAACAGGGGCAGCAGGUGAUCCAUACAAUUUUUCACAAAACAAGAAAUCCUUGCUUGGAAAGAUCAUGAGGUUUGACAUAGAUAACUUACCAAGUGCAACAGAAAUGGUUGAACUUGGAUUAUGGGGGAGCUAUUCAAUCCCAAAAGAUAAUCCAUUCUCAAGAGACAAUGAAUCGCAGCCUGAAAUUUGGGCUUUGGGACUAAGAAAUCCUUGGCGCUGUAGUUUUGAUUCAGACAGACCUUCCUACUUUCUCUGUGCUGAUGUUGGCCAGGAUGUAUACGAAGAGGUGGAUAUUAUCUCAAAAGGAGGGAACUAUGGAUGGCGUGUUUAUGAGGGCCCCAAUCUUUACUAUCCUUCACAGUCUCCCGGAGGAAAUACAUCUGCCAACUCAAUAAACCCCAUCUUCCCUGUUAUGGGAUAUUACCACUCUGCUGUAAAUGGGAAUGAUGGAUCUGCGUCGAUCACUGGUGGCUACUUCUAUCGGGGCGUGACUGACCCAUGCAUGUAUGGAAGGUACGUGUAUGCAGAUUUAUAUGCGGGAGCCAUAUGGGCAGGUACAGAAAGCCCUCAGAAUAGUGGGAACUUCACUAGUAACCAAAUCCCGUUCAGUUGUGCUCAUGACUCUCCAAUUAAAUGUAAAUCUGCUGCUGGAAGUCCUCUUCCUGCUUUGGGAUACAUAUUCUCAUUUGGGGAGGAUAACAGGAAGGAUGUCUUUCUUCUAGCAAGCAGUGGUGUGUACAGAGUUGCUCAUCCUAGUCGUUGCAACUAUACUUGUUCAUUGCAAAAGGUUACAGCUGCUUGUCCUUCAGUUUCCCAGUCAUCUCGGAUCCUUUUGAGUAACCAACAUAACCGUCUUGUGCUAGUGUUCUCUUCAUUCUUUAUUCUUAUGGGUUUUUUAUUAUGAUCUUUCACCUGAUGUUGUUUCCCUUAAUGGUGAAAUGUUGUAGCAAGAUUUGCUC